AUGUUCCGAUCUGUGAGACAGAGCAAAAUAUCAGAGUAUAUAAAAAGAUUCUCCUACGAACCGUAUCGCAUUAAACAAUUCAAUAAUUACUUGUACAAACAUUCAGUUUUGGACGUUUACCAAAUGAAAACCUUGCCACUUGCUUUGCGUAGGGGAAUAGAUUCCACCUUCAAUGAUGGGUUAUUAAGUGUUAAAUGUAUAGAAUCUAUUAAGUCCGACAGGGCAACAAAAGUACUUUUUGAAUGUGGUGAUAGUUUUAGAAUUGAAUCUGUACUUUUAAACUUUCCUACACAUACAUCUCUUUGCAUCUCAUCACAGGUGGGUUGUGCCUAUGGCUGUAAAUUUUGUGCCACAGGGAAAAUUGGAAUAAAACGGAAUUUGACGGUAGAUGAGAUAGUUGACCAAAUUAUCUACUUUAAAAACAUGGGUCAUAGAAUCAACACAAUCAGUUUUAUGGGCAUGGGAGAACCAUUAUCAAACCCUAACACAUUUCAUGCAUUGGAAAUACUUACCAGUGAAAUGAAUAUAUCGCCAAGGAAACUAACAAUCAGCACAAUAGGACUACUUCCAGGCCUAAGUAAAUUAUCUGCCAAGUAUCCACAAAUCAAUAUCGCAUAUUCGUUGCACACUCCCUUCACCGAUCAGCGUAAUGAUUUGAUGCCAAUCAAUCGCAUGUACCCCUUCCAAGAGGUGUUUGAGUUGCUAGAUAAGCAUUUGGCUAGGACAGGGAGGAGAGUUUGGAUAGCAUAUGUUCUUAUAAAGGACAUAAAUGAUACAGUGGACCACGCCCAAGCCUUGGGUAAUUUUAUACGCAGCAGACCAGGUGAUGUGCGACAUUUGUAUCAUGUAAAUUUAAUCCCCUAUAAUAAAGUCCAAGGGGAUUGCAUGGAAAGAGUACUAGUUGAUGGUGCAAAGGCUUUCGAAAAGGAACUAAAUAAACUAUCAAUUUCCACUUCCUACAGAAAUCAUUUUGGGCAAGAUAUAGACGCCGCUUGCGGUCAACUAUUCGCAAAGUAUCAAAUUAAUGGUUUAAAAGUUGAUGAUUUACUUGUUGCUUAG